GAUUGGCAUUAUCACGAUGAAGUUUUUGCUUCUCAUAAUUGUGACACUUCCAACCUCAAAUGCUCAACACAGAUUAGGGAAUAGGCCCAGUUAUGGUGGCUACGGAUAUCCCGGGCAGCUACCUUAUGGUUAUCAACCCCAAUAUGGUUACCCUUACCGAUACCCUUAUUAUGGCUAUCGCGCACCUGGCGCUAACUAUCGGCCAGGUCCAUACACUCCAUUCACCCCUCAACCAUUACAACCUACAACAACACAACCGACACAACCAACACAACAAUGCGCUGGUCCAUGCGUGAACGGUUUAUGUCCUGAAGGUUAUGCUUGCAAUGCUGGCAAUACGUGCUGCAGAGUCGGAAUGUAAUACGAUGAAAUGCACUGCCUAUAUUCUCGCCUACGUUCCGAGUAUCUCGUGUUCUUGAUUGAUUUUAAUAAAAUGUGCAGUCCAAGCUGAAGCUUGGUUCCAAAACCUUCGAAUUAACUUG